AUGGGAAAGAUCUUCUUCUACGAAGACAGGAACUUUCAAGGUCGCUGCUAUGAAUGCAGCACAGAUUGUGUCGAUAUGACCACAUAUUUUAACCGAUGCAACUCCAUCCGUGUUGACAGUGGAAACUGGAUCCUCUAUGAACACUCCAAUUACAGAGGUUACCAGUACUACCUUUGGAAGGGAGAAUAUCCUGAUUUCCAGAAAUGGAUGGGAUUCAAUGAUUCCAUUAAAUCUUGCCGGUUGGCUCCCCUUCACCGUGGUCCAUUUAAAGUGAAAAUCUAUGAAAGAGGAGACUUUCAAGGCCACAUGAUGGAAUUCAAUGAAGAUUGUCCGCAUGUCUAUGAUAGAUUCCGGUAUCAUGAUAUCAAUUCAUGCCAGGUCCUUGAUGGCCAUUGGAUGUUAUACGAGGAGCCCAACUACAGAGGUCGCCAAUACUAUUUGAGACCUGGAGAGUACAAGAGGUACUCUGACUGGGGAGCUGCUAAUUCCAAAAUUGGUUCAUUCAGAAGAGUUUAUUAUCUUAUGUAA